CAAACUCGGUGGUCUGUCUUCGCUGGGGUGCUCAGAGUGACCGGUUUUCCCAGAAUUAUGGCACCCAAUGUGAAGGAAGAUGCCUGGAAAGUGUCCGGAAUAUCUAGGACUUAUCCGAGUUACCGCCAGCAUAUGCCCGUAACGGGUGAAAGGUCUCUGGCUGAGGGUAAAAAUGCGGACGAUGAAGCUGAAGGUCUUUGGCGGAUUAACGAUAAGCUCUACGACUUAGCGGACUUUGCCGCUCGGCAUCCGGGUGGCGAUUUCUGGAUUAAGUCCACCAGGGGCACGGACAUCACCGAACCCUUUGAGUCGCAUCACAUCGAGGAGCGAGCCCGGGAAAUGCUCAGUAAAUUCGAGGUGCGAAAGGCGUCGAAGCCACGGAACUACAAGUUCACACUGAAGGAUGAUGGAUUCUACAUGACCCUGAAGCGGCGAGUGCGUGAAAAGCUAAGGAAACUGGAUUACUCACCCACCAAAAAACAGAGGUAGUUUCUGCACUUGGGCAUCUUGAUCUCUGUGUUCUUUAGUUGGGCCGGCACAAUUCUGGAUUCCUUGGUCAUCCGAUCUCUGGCUGGGUUGGCUCUCUCCUGGGUGGCCACCUCCGCACACAAUUACUUCCAUCAGCGGGAUAACUGGCGGAUGUACACCUUUAAUCUGACACUCAUGAACUUUCGAAACUGGCGCAUUUCGCAUGCCCUAUCGCACCAUGUGUAUGCGAAUUCCCUCCAUGAUCUGGAGAUGUCCAUGUUUGAGCCCUUUUUAUGCUGGAUUCCCGCGCAAUACGCCAGUAAAAUGCAACGAUGGAUCUCAGUAGUGAUCUCGCCGGUGGUCUUUUUAGUCUUUUCCAUGUACAAAUUAUACAACGGUGAGUGGUAGUAAUUAUUCCUUAAAUACACAAGAAAUAACAUUUAUUUCUUUUUUAGUUUGGUUGUCUCCCUGGUCAAACGGAAUUUAAUGUACUGGGAUGAUCUAAUAGGUCUUAUUUUACCGGUAUUUCUCUAUUUGUCCACUGGAGUGGGCCUAAAAGCCUCUUUAGUCAGCUGGCAGAUCAUCGUAGUCAUCGGUAGUUUUAUUUUCGGUUUCGUGGGUCUUACUGCAGCCCAUCAUGAUCCCCAGAUCCUGCACGAUGGCGAUACCCCACGUAAGGACUUUGAUUGGGGUCUAUAUCAGCUGGACACCAUUAUCGAUCGUGGGACUAAGUGGUCUGAUCUUUUGGUGCUAACCCACUUUGGGGAACAUGCACUGCAUCAUCUAUUUCCCACCCUUGAUCAUGGUGUGCUUAAGCAUCUCUAUCCAGAACUGAGGCAAACGAUAAAAGAGUUUGAUGUUGAAUUGCGGGAGAUCAAUCAUUGGGGUCACAUCAAGGGUCAGAAUCAGCAAUUGCUGAGAGUACAUAAGAAUCUGCCACCGGGAAGCAAGAAGUCGAUGUAGGGUAAAGUCAAAGGUAGUCUGUAAAUAAAUUAAUAUUCUAAAUAACCUGGUUUGGGGUUCUUUAUAAAUGAUUGUAGUAUAAAAUAACAAGCUAUAAUUAGAAAAUUAACUAAAUUCAACCGUUUCUUUACUCUUAUAUUUUUCUGUUUAAAACAAACACUCUCUUCACCUUUUUUUACUCUUUCUUCUCACUUAAAGUCUUUUGAGCAUUUCCGGUUUUUAUGGUGUUUGUUAUGAUAUCUUAUAAGAUGUGUUUUUGUAGCUUGCUUUUAUCAGCUUUUAAUGGCUAUCAAAUGUUUCUUGACUCAUAAACGCUCUUUGUAGGUGAGAGUUCAGCGGGUACCAAAUAAACCUGAUUAUUUUUUAAAUACCGCCAUAUAAAUGUUUGACUGCCUCUUUAAGAGAUAUGGUCAAGUAACGUUAUAUAUAUUUGCUGAAUCACUGUGACCAGGCGAUGGGGAAACUAAUCUUUAAAUUGAUUUAAAAUUUUAUUGUUUGGGUGCUUAGGAGCUUUAAGAAAACAUGAAGCAGGGAAAAAUAACGUAAAUAAAUUAUUACGGAACUAUAAAUAUCGUUAA